GUUGGAACAACAUCACUUUUCUUACAAUCACACUGCAGUCUCUAUACAUGGAUGAAGUACAUACACAGAUUUGCACAGGGUUUGCGUGUACAUCAAGUAGACAUGCUCCAGGAUGGCAUUGCAACGAGUACAGCUACACUUUCUAUGAUGUCAAAGAAACUCAGAAGAAUUUGUGUUAAAAGUUUGAAAAAGCACCAGAAGAGGAAGAAGCAGUAAGUCAGGAGUUAACAUCCUCGUUGACAUUGAUGAGAGCAAAUUCUGCCAUAAACGCAAGUGUUUUUAGUGUAGUGACAUUUCGGACUGCCCCUGAAGCAUCCUUCUAAUGAAUGAUUGGAGACCGGUGUGCGCAGUCAGAGCAACACACCUGAAAAGGACAGCAGCACAUCAGACAAAGAGACCAGAGAGGGAACGGCAGGUGCGUGUGUGUACAGUACAGCAACACAAGGAGCCACCCUGAGCUGGAGAAGACCCUACUGUUUCCUGGGACGAGUAGAGCCGGCGGAGGUGCUAGGAGGACGGCCGUGUGAAGGAGCUGGUGGAGAGGCGUGAGGGGAAGCGACGCUGGAUGACAGAGAUGUGACGUCAUCAUACAUCUUGGAGCUGCGUUCCUACGGCAACGCUUUGAAGCUUCCUCCAAGAGGAUCAUGGGAAAUCAUUCUGAAAACAGCAGCGGAGGGACUUUCGAAAUAUUUCAUGUUUAGCAACGGACCACUACGCCACGAGGAAUGAAAACAGAGCUAACACGGACGGGUAGCUAACGCCAGUUAACGAAAGACUUUGCUGUCUUAUUGAACCUUUCCUCACGGAUAAAGAGCUAAUGUUGUCUCCCGGACAUGGAGCUAAAGUUGGAGGUCGUGUUGUCAUCCAGCAUCAAACGAAAGAAACCAUGGCCGCGAUUCUGCUGGCUUGGCAAGGAAAAGGAGUCCGUUUUCCUGUUAGAUGACAAACGGAUCAGUGAGAUCAACAUGGUGUCUGGUCGCACCAAGAGGAAGACUCCCAAACUUCAUCCUUUGCUAAAUAGUGUGGUGACAAUGGCAUCAUCUUCCAAUGGUAUGUGGCUUUGUGGACUCCUGAUAUCUGGAGAGCUGUUUCUGUGGAACAGGGACAAAGACUUGUUGAAGACUGCUGCAGCUGUCUCAGAAGUAGUUCAAAUGAUAACGGGGAACACCGCACGACUGUCACUGCAGGUUUCAGGGGAUGGAAUGCGUGUGCUUCUGGUAGCCAUAACGGGACAAGUCUUACUGUGGGAGUGCAUGGAUGUCAGAGAUUUAAUGGGAGUACGGGAUGGCACAGUUAAAGGACAGUGGGCACACAUCCAGCCCCUCGAAGACUCUGUUCUGCCAUCUGAACAAGACAAAGAAGCAUCCCAACACACCAUCUUCAUCAAGACAGAGCUUAUGGGUGAUUCCUGCUUAUCAGCGUUUGUUUUCACAUCUGCAAAGAAGCUAAUUAUUACCUGCCUGAAAAUUCAGUGGGAAGGCGUCCAAGGGAGAACAGGUCCUGUGGGAUACAGCGUUCAAUGGGCCACCAAGAUGUACCCUAUGUCACAUCUUACUCCACCCUGCCAACCAGUGAAGUCCAGAGGGGCCCUGGUGCCAGCCUUCUCCCCAGAUGGUCGUCUGUUAGCCAUAGUCUUGAACCAGAGACGGCCUCAGGCUACUCAAGUGCUCUUUGUGAGCACACAGAAUUUCGUCACAGUAUCAUGUGGUCUUGGAGGUUGUGGGAGUAAAAAACUGGAUAUUCCAUCUAAAUACACAAGGUCUUACUGGGUUGGCAGUGUGAGCUGGUCACCAAGCGGACUUUUUCUGGCCUGUGUCCUGAAGAGAGGUUCCCUUCUCAUGCUGCCCCGCCUCGGAGGGCUUCUUACACUGUCAAGUUCUGGCUGCAAUGUUGAUUUUGGGCCUGCACACUUCCUUCCUCUGCACCCACUCGUCACUUACAGGCCACCAGUGUCUGCAGGGAACAGAGAGGCCUCUCUGUCCAGCUCCAGCCUGUCUGUGCGGGACGUCCUGAGACAACGCUAUUCUGUCACCUGGCAUCCACGGCUGCUAUAUCUCAUCGUGUCAGAUGGCUACAUGGCGACGGUCAUGAGGGUUUUAGAUAAACCUUCUCCUGCUCUAUUGCUAAAAACACUUCUUAAUGACACAUGCAAAGACCUUGAAAAGGCCAGCAGAGUACUGGAUAAAUCACAGAUUCAUGUGAGGGCAUGGCUGGAGUCUGUAUCUUCUCUGAAUCUUAAGGGCAAUUCUGAGGAGUUCAACCCUGAUCUUACACAUGGGCCCAAGGCAGACUCUGUCAUCACAGCAGCUGUAGAUGGUUCCACUUUACCACUUUUCCUUCAGGACCAGGGGACAUUUGGUGGUACCAAGGAGCUUCUUGAGAAAAUGCAGACUUUCUUUGAGGAUGAUUCUGAUUUCGAUGGACCUCCUGUUGGUUCUCAUCUGGAAGAUUGUGGCCAUCUUGAGUUUGCCUCGAUGUUUGACACUCUCCACGCUCUGGACACACAUACUGACUCUGGACUUUUCACAAGCCCAGACUCUGAAAAGGACUUUGUUGAGACAGAAAGAAAAACUUCUCUGGUUCAUCGUGAGCUUGGGAAAAUCCAGAGUAAGCUGUUAACAGCCUGGGCCUUUGGCUUGUCUCUUGGAAAUGCUGUGGAGAAUAGAUCUCUUCUGCUAAAGCGUACCCUCUGCUGUGUGGUACGAUAUGCCGCUUUACUCCGUUUGCUCCACAAGUGGGAGAAGAAAUCCUCUUUUUCUUCUUGUCUUGUGAACUUCCUUAAAAAACUUCUCUCAUUCCUUCCCUGGGAUGGGGCUCAUUCAGAUGGACCACGCUGCCUGGGGUUGAUGGUGGAAUUUAGUAAACGGUUAAUGUGCCUCCAGCUGAGUCCUUAUCCUGACUCCCAUCAGACUGAUCGCUGUCUGAUUUCAUCCCAUAGUUUGUCUUGGGUCCUGCUCAUCUUGCAGCUGGUCUCUGGUUCUCUUGAUCACACAUACAGCCUGCAGGAGAGAAUGUUCUGGUCCUCUGGAGAGAAGGAAUCCCAGCCUCCACAGCUCUGGCCAUCAGAUGUUCUUCAUGUGGCAGUGCUAGAGGAUGGGAAGGCAGAGGAAUCCAGCCUUAUGCAUAGGGCACUCCCUGUUCCUCAGAGACCUUCCAGCAGGUUGUUUGGCAUGUGGCAGUGGGUCUACAAGAUCGCCCUGCAAUAUGCAAAGGAACUGAAAAGCUUUGAAGGCUGUGAUGGCUGGGAUGAGGAGCAACAGGAGUUGUCAAUCAUCAUAUCCCAGAUCCAAACAGCUCUGCAGGCAACAGGAGAAAGGCUUGAGAAGGGUCCUGCACUACUGAGUUACCCAGGUGAACAUCUUUUCCUGUCUGGCUGGUACACAGAGAGUGCAGAUACGUGGAGGUCACAGAUUUGUGAGGAAAGUAACAAAAGCUGUGUGCGAAGUGUCUUCAAGCAGACUCAGCUCUGCCUGGCACUCCUUUACAGUCUGUUAUCUGAGUAUCGUCUGAGAGAAGCCCAGGAACUGGGGGACCACAUGGCCUGCCUGAUCCUGAAAAGAGCUGGACAUGAGAGGAACAAUGGAAACUGUGUGACAGCAGACUCUCUUCCCUGCUCGUGGCUGCCAGUGGAUCUUCACAGUGAUACAGCGUAUGCAGUUGUCCAGACCCUGGGGAGAUUUAUGGCCUCAUAUUUCACCAACCAACCCCUCUACAUCCUGCCUCCUCACCACGUUGCCAUCCUGCCCCCUCUACAUUUACCUCAUGGUCUUGGUGUGGGCCGCUUGGUUCCAUUGUGCCAGAAGGAGGUGACAGGAGCAGUGCGACGACAGCAGCUGUCAGAAGUAUGGACGGUAGACUAUGCCCAGGAUUUGCUCCUACUUGGGGGUCUCCUUCCUGAGACUGUAUGGCUAGCUUACCAUUUAGGGGACUGGAAGACAGCAGCCUCUCUGAGCCUGGCUUAUACCAGUUACUGCAGUGACCACUUCGAUUUCACUGGGUUCCGAAGGAGAGAGCUUCACCUUCCAACAGAUUUGGAACCAGAAAGUAUUUUCCAGGUUGAGUUGGAGCAUCUUCUGGGAAGCAAAUCUGCCUCCCAGGAGCUCAAAGAUGAAAAUGAAGACAAGAGCUUUUCAGACCCUUUGGAAGGAGAAGACUGGGACUCCUUACAGGUUUCCUUACAAGAGAUUCUAAAGGCUUCAGUCAUAGCUGGAGUGAAUGUUUUGUCCUCUCCCUUGUCUUCAUUGCUGGACACAGCCAAAGAAAUGUGUUCUCUCUUUCCUGCAUUGGUGCCAAAUGGACUGUAUCUGCCUUCUCCACCUCUUUAUUGUCCUCAGCCUUCUCCCAACACACAGGAUCCUGUUGGGACAAUGGGACAGUUUGCAGAAGUGGCAUCUCGUCACAAAGUGUCUGGAGUUCUUCAAAGGUUGCUGCUGCUCUUGAAAUCAGCACGUUGCAGCCUUCCUGCAGCCCAGUGGUACAUCAGCCAUCUGCGUCGUAGCAGACAUAUACUGCAUAAGAUCAAGCAGAAAUACUCCUACCCAUCAGCUCCUGAAGAAGAAAAGUCUUUUCCAGAGGGUUUGAUGAAGUUUGUAACUCGGAGUGGAUUCUUUAGACAAGGUUCUAAUAAAGACGGCCACCUGGACCCUGACACUGUUCAAACUCUAAUCUGUUUCAGAGAGCUGUGUGCUUUGUGCUGGAUGCUUCAUGUCAGGGACCAGCUCUCCAUGUCCUGCAGGAAGUAUCAGGCUGCCAGACAGCGUUUUAGAGAGCAGAUCUCUGAUGAUUCAGAAGUAAAGUCUUCCUGUAUUGAUUCUCUCCUGUGGGCUUGUCGUUUGCUGCCUUUCUCCUGCUUCCUCAAUGCCGAGGAGAUCCUCCAGGAUAUACUGCUCAGCCUAGUGUCAGAACUUCCUCCUCUUUCUCUGGUUGCAGACACGUUGGUGCAAGCUUUCCCUGAGGAGGAAGAGUCAGUCAGAGUUCCUUUGAGAGAAAAAUAUAACUCACUGCUGCAGAGCCUGAGGCAAUGUAAUGUCCUCGAGGGUGAUAAAGAAGAGAUGAACGAGUUGAUGUUGAUUGUGAUCCAAGACAAACGCAGGCAGAGGAGAAAACAUCUCGGGCGUUUGAAGAGGCACCUGGGUCCACCUGAGUUCCAUCUGUGGGAGAAAGAGGAGGAAGAGGAGGACAGGGAAAGCAAACAUGGGAUGGCUAUGUUAAGACAGCUCUCACUGGGUACAACUCUGAGCAUGAACACCUUAACUGACUGUGGGUUUCCCCCGGUGUGCAGUGAUGGAGACACAGCGGAGAAUACGUCCGAGGCUAUUUCUCCGGAAAUGCAGACUAAAACCACAACGAGGGGCAAAAAAACUAAAAAAAUAAAAGACAAGGCACAUGUAAAGAAGGCUGCUGUGAAGACUGACAGUGUCAUCAAGGAGGAGACUCAUCUAAGUGGUGCCAAGGAGAAGGAGCAGCCCUCCCCUCCUGUAGUAGGCACCUGGGAGUUUGAGCUGGAAGAUGAAGAGUAUCUCAACUUCCUGGAGCUCUUCCUCAGCUAUGUGUUGGAGAAAGACAGCUCUGAUGGAGGGGAAUCAUUUGGAGAGCUGCCUCUGUUGAAAGGCUUCUCCUCUCAGCUGAGGGAGAGGGAGCUGCACUCACUCACCUUUGAUGUGCUCACCACUAUUCAUCGGCGUCAAAGAGAUUCAUGGAGGAGACACUCGGGCAGUGAUCUGCCAGUAUUCAGAGCUGGCUGCUGCUACAAGCCUUUAAAGCAGGGUGAAACACCUGAGCAGCAAACUUCAUCUCUUUGGAGUAAAGCCCCCAUGUCCAGAACAAACCUUUCUGUUUGCUCUUUUCCUGGGCUGAGAAGUGGGAAGCAGAAAGGUUUGUUUGGCCUCCGACAGCAGAGCAGUGCCCCUUUAAACCAAGGCACAAAAAGAGGCUUCUUUGGUUCUGAAACUAGUCCUAAAAGUGCAUCUCUCACAAGGAAGCAGCCAGAAAGCUUCAUAUAUGGCUCAUCAUCUGUAGAAGCUGUGAUUGACCUGCAGCAAGGCCUAGACCCUCAACUAGAGGCUCAGUUUCCAGAGCUGGGCAGGCUGCUGGAGUGGAUGGUUCGCUGGGCGGAUAGGAGGGUGCUUAUUGGACAUCAUAGUAAAAAGAAAAGAGACCAGGGAGGAGAGGCUGGAGGAAAUGCUGAUGAAGCUGUGGUGAUUCGUGUCAAAGCCUCAGCCCCUGCCAUCCUCACAUCUCUCAGCUUGAUGCAGGUCAGGUUCACGGCUCUCCUAGGGAAUGACCGCUACUAUGCACACAUCCAAAUUCCAGAAACACAAUGGACGGUUGCUCCUGUGCUGCAACCUGAGGUGGAGAGGCAACUAGAGAGAGAGAGCAGUGUUGAUACAGGAUAUCCUGCAUCUGCAAAUACUCCCAUCACCAGCCUGGAUCACAAUUUACACCCAGGAGAGCUGUCUGCUUCUCACUCAGACGAUCCAGAGGAACUUGUACUUCUCAGGAUGCCUCUCCCUAAUGACCAGGAGGAACUGACAUUUUAUUCUCCACAGAGACCGUCCACAUCACAGCAGCUGUGUCUCGAUGAUUUAGAUGUCACACCAGAAAAAGAAGUGAAAAGUAGCAACAGUGAGGGCUUUGAAGAGUCAUCCUCUGUGUCCAAUGGAAAAAUAUUUAGAGACACACCUGAUGCAAGUUUAAAGCUCGCAGACUUGGAUAUGGACGAAAACACUGAAGACAUUUCCAGUUCUGCUUCUCUCCCCAAUCAGGAUAGAAGCAUUCAGUUCAUCUCAGACCCCGAGCCCCAAGCUCUCCCUACCCUAACCCAGCCUGAGGUGGAGGUCCAUGUAGACCUCUCUAGUUCACCUGGAGCGAUUCUUCCAAACACACGUGUGGAAUCCUCGGGCCUUCAGCCACAGAGCUCUGUGGCUGGUGCAUCAACUGAGGCAUCUGCAUUCCCCAAUCUGUCAUUAUCCACUGAGAAUCCACAAAUGAGACAGCGGCUAGGAGAGGACUUAUACAGACUGGUUCAGAAUAUCAACUAUAUGAGCCUGAUGGAGGUUUUGGGAGCUUCAUUUUCUAACCUCCAACAUGCCCAGCAGAGCUCCUCUCUGGCUCAGUCUAACAUAAACUCCUCACACCCUUGUGGGCCUUCGACUUAUGCUACCAGCUUCAACCCUCACCUGAAUCCUAUUCCAGUUCCAACCACCAUUUCUGUGACUCCUCAGACACAAACAUGCAAGCAAAAUUCAGCAGACACAAAUCCUCAGCCCAGCCAGGCCCCUGCACAUGUGUCUGCAGGCCAGCCUGACAUACAAAAUUCAGGGAAAACUCCUCCAGCAGAUUGGCUGCAUCACGGAUCCAGGCAUCUACCCACCACUUCUGAUGGUGUAGGUGCAACCUACCAGGAAAUGCAGCCUCUCUCUGUUCAGCUAGUGUCACCAGAAAUCCACUUUAAGGAAAGCAGGAAGUUAAUUCCAUCCUCACAGGGGCUUCUAUCCACAAAUAGUGGUGCUCAAAGUGCUCCUGCAGUACCACCUUCUUAUGAAAACAAACAAAAUGAUCCUCCACCUCAGUUCCAGGGCCUGAAGUUGCUACAGCUCCACCGUCCUGCUUUACCCCAUCAGAGUGCCUCACACCAUCACCACAUGCUCCACACAUCAAACCCAUCAAAGAAGACAGAAAAGGAAAACAGAAAUGUUUCCUCUCAACAAAGACAACUCAGUUUUAAUCAUACACAUGAUCAUGUAGUCUCUCAACACAACAUCCAGGCAUCAGAGAGAACCAGGGAGAAUGAGUUCUCACCGUUUCCUCCAGUCUUCCCAGCUCACACGCCUGCCCCAAUGCAAGCACUUCGUCUGCUGCGUUUUGAGCCUGCUCCAAACAACAGUGUCACAUUCCCAAAAAUACCAGUGACAUCUUCCUCCAGGUCGGCAUCUGUGAUCACAGUGCCGAGGGGGGAAGCACCCAUCAAGCUUCUACAUUUAAACUCCGGGCCUAAAAUGAUGUUGCCAACAGCGGCUCCUUCAGCCCAAAUGGCACGUCUCAUGUCCAUGGAGGAGCUGACAAAGUCAGUGAUUGCGAGGCAGAGCGGUGAAGAGGCUGGACUCCGGCUGCUCAGAGUUUCUCAUUCUCCUGAAAGCAGCAGAAGAGCUACUACUGCUCUCGCCACAACAUCCAGCAAACGGCAGAAGAGGAGACAGGAGAGGACAAGGACGGCAAGGAAAGCAGAAGUCACAUUCAGACCAAAUGAGUCCAUCAUCCCAACACAAGAGGCAACGAAUGAGCCUGAAAAGGAAGAGCCGACAGCUGAACAAGAGAUCACGGUGGGACAGGAUAAGUCUGCUCAACCUGACUAUAUGCUGACUGGCCAAAGAUUAUUGGACAGGGCCAUGUCCACUUCGGCUGAGCUACAUGCCUUUGCCUCCACGUGUAAGAGACCCCCAGAGUGCUAUGAUGCUUCCACCAACACAGAGCCAGCAGUCUUGGAUGAAGAAGUGCCUGCCUCUGUGAAUGCUCAUAGUCCUAAAUCACAAAGUUCAAGGCAUCUUCAGUUUGUUCAAGACACAGAGGAAACUCCACAGAGGCUGGAGGAAAGUCUUGAUCAGAAUGGCCGCCAGUUCAUAAGUGUUUUGGACCUAGAAGACAAAUCCCAGCACCAGGAUUUACCCCUCUGUCACAGCCCAGAAACACAGCAUAUCCCCUCCACUGGCCCUCCUUUACCUACUUCUGCUCAACUUCAUAUUCUGGCAACAUCUGUUCUAAGAAGUGCUGCUGCUGAUCUGCAACCCUCAGUCACAAAUCAAGAGGAUCUCCAGAGAGCCACCACUCACACAGAUAUCCCAGAAGAGUUGCCGUCAUGCAGCUAUGCUGAACCCGUUAGAGUUCAAGAUGCAGUUAUUCCACAGGAAGUAGCAGAUACCUCUGACUCUGAAAUCUGUCAGGCCAUAAAGAGCCAGAGCGUCAAACCUCACAGUGUCUCAUCGGCGCCUCCUACAGUCUGGUUUUCCUCUCGCCUGUCUGAGCUGGAUUCUCAGUUGGCUGCUUUGCAGAACAUCGCAGACUAUCUAGAGAGAGACUUCUCCAACUCCAGGAUGCUGGUUAACACCAUUGAAAAGUUCACUCCAGCUCCUCAUGUGAAGAAGACACCAGCUGUGAAAAAAACUGUCAGACUCUCCGUCCCACAGGAAGCAUGGAUGCCAACACUCGUCCCAUUAGUUGAACCAAAUGUUUUGGAAACAGAAGAGGAAAAUCAGGAAGAAGAAAUUUUGGUUCAUAGUGAACCAAACACUCCUGAAAGGAAGUCCUCUUUUCGUUAUUCCACUUCUCCUCAUGAUCACAGUGGUCCCUCCAACCUUCACACCCCACCAAGAAUAAGGGACCCUCCAUCUGAGGCUUCAGGAACAACUCCUAUGCAUGCAGAUGAGAAUCUGGGUCACUCUGGGUUAUCUGAUACGGCUGAAAUUUUAGAGGAGCUUGUGAAGGAGGGUUAUCUCUCCCAGACUGACUUGGAUUGGUCCCUUCCUCAGACUGCACACAGAAAGGAGCAGCAGGAAAGCAGCUGGAUGUCACAGAGACAUGUCCGUGGUGAGGAUGAGAGGAGGGAGCUGAGGAUCUGGAUGAGGAGGAAACAGAGGGAACAACUGGCUGUGUAUCAAAAACACAGGGAGAGCCUGAAGGAGAGGGAGAGAAAACCCUUUUCUUCCUCCGGAAAAGCAAAAUUACCAAACAAAAAGGAAACAAAUGCUUGGAGAACCAGGGAGGAAAAAGAGAAAUUAACUCUUCUGGAGCAAUACAACCAGAGGACCCAUGAAGCUUUUUCACUGGCCAAUGACAUUUCUGCUGCUCCACCAACUCUACUACGCUCUCCCUCACGGACCAGAGUUUCACCAGUGACCUCAGCUACUCGAUCCAACUCUGCUCCCCCACCUGGCAGCACUUACAGGGUUUUCAGUGUAUCUGCUGAUGAUAAAAGAAGUCCAAAGUCCGGACAAGCUCAACCCAACCCUCGACCGUGGACUGCUGAGAUGCCUGACCGGCCUUCAGAGGAUUAUAGCAGAAGACUUGGACUACACAGACCAGUUACCUCACUGCCAAAGGACCGUCUGUCUCAGGUGACCAGACGUGGCAUGCUCUCAGAUAUUAAAGGCAAAUCAAAACCUCAGACAUCCAACCAAAGUGUGGUGCGACACGUUGGACACCAUGGAAAGACAGGGCAAAGCAAAAGUCCUCCAAGACGGGUGGCCGUAGGGAGAGGGAUCCUGAGGAUGGAAGAGACGACGGAGAUGAACACCUGGGAGCUCAGUUCAGAUUUGGACAGGGUUCAGAAGUCCAACAAAGUCAAUGCUGAGCAGUUGGGUGAGCAGCAUGAUGGAGCCUCAACUAGUGUGUUUGACAUGGACUGGCUGGACAACCUUUCUGAGACCGGCAGCAGCCUCAGCAAAAUAGACUGGGCCGCCAUCGAGAGGCUAGCAGCUGGAGAGGAAACAGAAUAAAGAUGAUAACACAAAUAAUACUCAGAUGAACCUCUGAGAUUUUAUGUGCCUUUGAAUUACUAAGAAUCGGGUUGAUUUUAAACAAUGGUGAUAGCAGUUAUAUAGAAAUGAUAUAUAUUAAAGCAUUUUGUAUGUCAAAGGGAAAGCCAGAAUACAAUCAAAUAUAUGAUGCUAUCAGUUAAAUUUUUAUAUUAAGUUUCUGUAGAAUGUUUGUUGCACUCAUAUCUGCUUUCAUGCCAUCUCAUAGAAAACUAUUGUGCCAUUUUUGUGUACAUUUUCAUAUAUUUUUAAUUUAUUUUUUGUAAACAUAGGA